AGAGAGCGGCUGAGAGGGAGAGUGUCAGACAGAGGGGAGCUUCUCUUUGGAUUUCUCUACACCGGCAUUUCCGUCAUCUACUUGCUGGAUACGUAUGAAGUUGGGGGAGGUCUGGGGACACCAACAGCAAGCAGGGUCACAGGAAGGCAGAGUGACAGCGCUGUCAUGCUGUCCAGGGAAAAGCACAGCAGAGUGUGCACAAGUGUCCCUGGGUGGCUCUGAGGUGCGGCUGAGAGUGCAGCGUGUGGGGGGGCGGAUGUCAUGCCUCGUGGGAUCUGGAGCCACUCGCAGCCACGCUGAAGACAUGGCCCAGGCACAAGGGCAGAGAGAUGGGAUUUCGACCUCCAAUGAGAAGACGCAGCCAGAGCUGGGUAACAGUGUGGCCUGUCAGGGCCCACGUACAGUGGUGCUGCGCAAGAACUCCGAGGGAUUUGGCUUUACUCUGCGUCACUUCAUCGUGUACCCUCCAGAAUCCACCCUGUACCUCAAGGAUGAGGAAAAUGGGAACGGAAAGGGGUACUUUCAAAGCCGCUUGGAGCCAGUUGAUACCAUUUUUGUGAAGAAUGUGCGAGAGAAGGGUCCAGCGCACCAAGCUGGCUUGUGCACAGGCGACCGGCUGGUGAAGGUGAAUAGGGAGAGCGUUUUAGGCAAAACCUACUCCCAGGUGAUAGCCCUGAUCCAGAACAGUGAAAACAUCCUAGAGCUCACUGUCAUGCCAAAAGAUGAAGAUGUUCUGCAGCUGGUAAGUGCGUACUCCCAGGAUGCCUAUCUGAAGGGCCAUGAGCCGUACAAGGGGGAGGCUCAGAACCUGCCCGACCCACCACCUGUCUGCUACCCACGCAGCAAGAUACAGCCCACGGCUAUGCUCAUGGGCCAGAGCCCGGUAGACAACUGGAACUGCUGGCCGGGCUCAGUCAAACCAUCCAACCUGCUGGACAACCACUGCCAUUUAGACAGCCGGGUGGCCCGUGUGGAUGAGCGGGCUGGGAGACGCCAGGGCGAAGACCCUUCUGUUGUGGCACAGAUUCGUGGCCGCUCCUAUUCCUUAGCGGGGAAAGUGGGCAGUCCCCUGCACUUCCACUUCACCAAUCAUCAGGCUGCCAUUGCCUCGGCCUCACAGACACAGCUAGGCCUCAGCAAGAGCGAGCUCUGCCAGCAGGCUCUCUCUGACUGGUACUACAGCCAGACCACGGAGCGCCUGGGGCUGACAAUGCCCCCUCGCCAUCGCAGCUUCUCCCAAGGCCGCUUGGUUGAGGUGACCUCUGCACUGAACCACCAACGUGUUGGGUGGCCACACAGCUCUUCCCAGAAUACCUUGCUCUUGCAGUCCAGUGACCCCUACUGGAUGAAGGAAUGGGACAUCAGUAGCAAGCCAACCUCCAACCGUGCUUGCUCCAGUAACCCGCCUGGCUCUGCCUACAUUUGCCACAGCCGCUCAAUGGAGAUGCUUGACCAGACACUAGGUCUAGUCUCGCCCUGUUCUGAGAAGUCUGCCUGGAUCAGUCAAGCCCAGAAAGCACCAUUUAGAACUGAUGGCCACCAGCAGAGUAAUUACUGUACCAUGUCUCCGGUGCCUUCCCCAGGCCCACCAAUGCCAUUGCAUCAACAACAGCCAACAUCAAACUCCCAGCAGGUGGGCCAGUCAAGACGGCUUCCUCCACAAGGCCAGGACGAGCAGUCAGUUGGCUAUCAGAGCUACAGCCCCUCCUUCUACCACAAGGCCGGUCGCCUGUUGCAGGCACACUCCUUCAGGGAUCCUGCCUAUACUGGACUCCAUUUCAACUGGGAACCUACCCCAAAAGCCAGUCCCCCCAAAGAUGUCCCCAUUGUGGCAUCCAGGGCCUGCACCUCCCCCUCCCUGCGCUCUAUGUCCAAGCCUCCCAACGGCAUUUCCCAGCAGACCAAAAAUGAGAGGCCCUUAGUUGAGUCAGAGUGUGUGUCUCAGACCCAGAAAGUGGUGCUCCGCCCAAAGCUGGCUGUGGGCCGACAUACAUCCCAUGCGCAGAGGCACCCAAACUUCUCCCUGAGUGUCAAGUCCCCUGAGCCACAUGGCUUCACACUUAAGCCUAACAGGGGUGCUUCCAUUGCUCAGUGCUCAGAAGACCUGCCCCAGUGCCCCAAUGACAGCCUGCUACCGGUGACUGCAGAGGACGACUCACUGGCAUUCAUCCCCUACAUAGAUGAACCAACGAGCCCCAGCGCUGACCUCUGUGCCCAGCACGUUCCUGCCUCCUCAGUGGUGUCCAGCGCCAUGAGCUCCACACCCGCCGUUUCCUCCAACCCUGUUUCCCCCACCUUCACCUUUCCCCUCACCAGGCUCUACUCUCAGAACUACAAUGAUGACCCCAAGUCCAGCCAACACUCCUCUUCUCUGCUGGCUAUCACAACAGAGCGCUCCAAGUCCUUUGAUGAAGGACUGAACGCCUUCCGAGAUGAAGGCCGUGGCUUCUCGAGACUGCCAAAAAGAGUCAAAAGCUUUUUUGCAGAUGGGUCCUUUGACAGCCUUGGCAACGUAGUGGAGGCACACUGCAAGCGCCAUUCCACCUCUGAGCUUGGCACCCUCACCUUCAGCAACGUACGCAAGGAGGGGUGGCUGCACUAUAAGCAGAUCCUCACAGAGAAGGGCAAGAAGCUGGCCAGUGGCAUGCGGCCAUGGAAGCGGGUUUUCUCUGUGCUGCGUUCCCACUUGCUCUACCUCUACAAAGACAAGCGGGAGGCAGUGUUGCAUGGCGCCACCCUGGGGGGAGGGGCCAGGUCGGCAAACUGUGAGGAUGAGCAGUUAAUCAGUAUCCACAGCUGCCUGGUAGACAUUGCAUACAGCGAGACCAAACGCAAACACGUGCUGCGCCUCACUACGCAGGAUUUCUGCGAGUACCUUCUGCAGGCUGAGGACCGUGAUGACAUGCUCAGCUGGAUCAAGGUCAUAUGUGAGAACAGCAGGACUGACAGCGAGGAGUUUGGAUCCUCUAGGCAAGCACUAAUCAAUAAGAAGCUGAAUGACUACAGGAAGCAGAGUCCCAUGGGCAGUAAGCCAGACUUGUCCCCAAAGAUGCCCCGCAUGAAGCCUUCCUUCCUUCUGCCCAAGGCAGAUAAUCCUGGGGCACCACCUCUUUCCCCUAAGACUGACGGCAAAGAGGAAAACAACCUUCCCAAAGCUCCAUGGGGAAUCAACCUCAUGAAGAAGGUCAAGAAGGCAGGACCCAAGGUGUUUGGGGUGCGGCUAGAGGACUGCCAGCCUGGGGCCAUCAACAAGUUUGUCCCUCUCAUAGUAGAGACUUGCUGUGGGCUGGUAGAGGAGAUGGGCCUGGAAUACAUAGGGAUCUAUAGAGUCCCUGGGAACAAUGCCAUGGUGUCCAGUCUGCAGGACCAGCUCAACAAGGGGGCUGACAUCAACCUUGCUGAAGAGAAAUGGCAGGAUUUAAAUGUGAUCAGCAGUCUACUGAAAUCCUUCUUACGGAAGCUGCCAGAACCUCUGUUUACUGACGAUAAGUACAGCGACUUCAUUGAUGCCAACCGGAUGGAGAAUGCCAGCAACAGGCUAAAGACCAUGAAGAAACUGGUUCAUGACUUGCCGGAUCAUUACUACCACACCCUGAAGUACUUAGCUGGACAUCUGAAAACUGUUGCAGACAAUGCAGAAAAGAAUAAGAUGGAACCUCGUAACCUGGCGCUGGUGUUUGGCCCCACCUUGGUGCGCACAUCGGAGGACAACAUGACAGAAAUGGUGACCCACAUGCCAGAUCGCUACAAGAUAGUGGAGACCCUUAUCCAGCAUUAUGCCUGGUUUUUUACAGAGGAACUUGCCGUGGAUGAUCAGACACCAGUGGACAAGGAGGACCUGCAACCCAUCCCCAACAUUGACCACUUGCUGUCCAACAUUGGCAGGACAGGGCAGGAGGCCUCAGCAGAUUCAACCAACAGUGACUCGGCUAAAUCCAAGGGCUCGUGGGGUUCAAGGCGGGAUCUGACAGCCAAGGACUUCACUCUGUCACUGUUGUCUGCUGUCACCCGGAAACGGAGGAAGCGCCCGGUCACCCACGUCCUGGGUAGCAGUACAGACGAGGACUCAGAACAUGAGCCAAUCAAAGCCAGCAAUCGAGGGGGGCGUGUCCCAAAAAGAGAACAGAUGAAGGGAGGGAAUGAGGAAAGGGAGCCACUAAGGGGUGGAGCUGCAGCACCCAGAGCAGUAGAAGAGGAUGAUGAUCAUGAUGAUGAAGAUGAGAAUGAUGAAGACGAGGAGGAGGAGGAAGAAAGGGAGGAGGAUGUUGAUGCUGGAAAGGAGUCCAUGAGAAGGCUGUAUAAGGAAGAGGACAUCAGCACCACUGUAGUGCUGCAGGAGAAGAGUGGUGCUGGGGUGGGGAUGUGGCGAGAGCCGGAAGAUGCACACUCUAUCGUGUCGGGGUACUCCACACUCUCCACACUGAGACACAGCCUGGCCUCCGAGGGUCGUGGUGAUGAUGCAGACGACGAGCACAGCGAGCUGGUGAGUGAGACAGACAAUGAGAGCGGCUUUGCCUCACAAUCCCUCACCCAGGAAAGGCCAGAAAAGCCCACCCAGCAGGUCCCAUACAGCUUCCUCUAUAGCCCCCACAAGCCCCCUCAGUCAGGCACCUAUCCCCCCAGCCUCCUGGCCAUGGGUGGUCAGAGUGAAGGCAGCCGACACUCCACCACUCCCUCCUCCUCAUCUUUCUCCUCUUCAUCCACCACCCACAGGCCACACAGCCGAACCUCUUUCAGUUCCCACAAACUGAUCCAGUGUGACACGCUGGCACGCAAGAAGCUCAAGGGCGAGAAGCCUAAAUCACUGGAUGUGGAGCUUGAGCAGGGCACAGAGGACCAAGGAACCUCAUCAAAAGGGGCCCCAAGUGAACAGGGCAGGGAUCCCGUGACCAAUGAGGAGAGCCCAAAUGCGAGCCUGCCCCUGCAGUCCACCUCAUUAAUUGAGAUGGCUUCCUUCACUCCCUGCGCCUCUGGUGGGCAGGGUUCUCUGGCCGAACAGGUGCAGGCACGCCUCUUGGGCUCUAUUGGCGACCUGCGGGGUGUGGGACUGCGGAAGCCUGUCUCGCCAGAGACGCGACGCAAAAAGUCUUCCUGGCGCCGCCACACUAUUGUUGUGCAUGUGGGGGACAGUACAAUAUUCCCCAUGGAUGCAGCAAUCAGUGUGACAAGCCCAAAUAAGGACAUGGCGGUCGCUGACAGGGUCCGACCUGACAGUAAGCCCGUGGGGCUACAUUGCACCCCGGAACCACCAUUGCACAGGGAGUCUGUCUUUCUUGGCCGGGAACCUGCCACGCCCCAGCCGGUCUCCUGCUCUCGGUUCCAUCAGUACCUGUAGUGGAACUCAUUUUUUCCACUGAUUGCAGUUAGUUAAGAAGAGCCCCCUUCCUAAAGUCUGCCAAGGAUUUGUGCAGCCGUGCAGAGAUACUGGACAGAUGGUCUGAUACCAGGCAAUAGACCACUCCGUUGGAAAGAGAGGAAGAGGCAUGUCAGCUUAGCCCAACAGGAUGCGUGAAGCAUGCAGCUUGCAGGGUGUCUCCUGGGUUUGAAGAAGCUUCCAGAAAGAAGAAGAGAAGAGUGUGCAAGCUGCAUGGCGUGAACAAAAAGUACCAGGACCAUCCCAUAGAUUUCAGUUUCGCAUGGGCCACAUGAUGCCCUAGGCCUGUCACUGUGCUGAAAAGAGGUCUUCCACACAUGUGGCACAGAGCCAGGCCGGCACAGGUACGGUGAAGCAGAGCAUCCCUGGCGUAAACAGUAUUAUCUGACAGUGUUUCAGCACAUCAUGCCUCCAGGGCGUCUCUCCCCAUAUCCUUAUCAGGAGGCACUCUGCCCUUGCAAGGCCCUGUUCUUUAUUUAUUGCUGUUCCGUUCUCCACUUCCCAUGGUGAGUGGCAGGCGCUGGCCAAGUGUAUGACUCUGCAGGGAUGCUGCCACCAGCAGGCCCCUCCCCACCUGGUCUGCCCAAGCCACCUCGGAGCGCGUGUCCUUUUCGUAGUGUCCAGUUUUAUAAGAUUUGUACAAAAUAUUAAGUUAAUCACUUUGUAUAUAUUAUAUAGUAAUGUUUUAUUAUAUUAAAAUGGUUAGAAAGUUAAAUUGAUAUAUAAUAUAUAUAAUAUGUUUUCAGCGUUUUUUUUUUUUUUGGAUUGUUUACAGUCGUGCAUUUGUGCACGAUCAUCUCCUAUCUAUUUUACUUGAAAAUGGCCCUAUAUGUUUAUAUAUAAUAUGUGUAUGUUUUGUAUUAAAAUGUGGAGUACUUUUGUUAUAAUUUGAA